UUUCGUUCUACCAAUCCAGUCCAUUCCCUGCCAUUCCCUUUCCUCGAACAUGGCCGCCACCAACGCCGCCGCGAAGCUCAACCUCUUUAAAGCUAUCUGCGGUAAGCGAAACUUUGGUGUGGGCCAGAAAGUCACCCGCGCUAUCUGGGAUCGCUUUGAGGAAACUCCUGGUUCCACAACAUCGUUCAUUGAAAUCACACGCGUUGAACCUUCACCAGACCUUGCGCAUGGCAAAGCCUAUGGCAUUAAGACUUUCCGUGGUGUCUCCGAAGGGAAGGUGCGCCGUGUCGACGGACCCCUCAAGAAAGACUGGCGCAUUGUAGCAUAAUGCGAUAAACCACUUUCAAAGACUAUCCUUUCGAAUGCCUUCGA